ACCUCACAGCGGCCGACUUGGAGCCGGGUUGCCCGUCCCAGCCCUGAAGUUAUGUAGGUGGGGCGGGCUUUAAUUUGCUUAUAUCUAAUGAUUUCAGGAACCUUGCUUUAAAAUGGCGGCAUUCAGUAUACACCACGGCUAAAAGCUCUCCCGGCACCGGGGCCACCCCGCGCAGCGCUGCCUUUGCUUCUGCCGCUAACAGAUGGCAUGUGCCACUGUCGCUGCCUCUGCCCCUUCCCGCUGCCGCUGAGAGCCAGGGCCCCUUAGUGUCUGGGUUGGCACUAGCUGCAUAAGGUUUGGAAAAGUGCCUUUUCUGAACAUUCUGCUGCUUGGAUUCUACUCUAGAGCUGUCUCUUUAUUAACCCCUCUGCCUGCCAUACCCUUCCCCAUUCCCUGCUCCCUGCCCCACAAAACCCGGUGUGCUUGUAGUUCAUCACCAGCAAUUUGUCCAGUUCCGGUUUUCUGUGAUUCUCGAUUUACUUAGUGAUUUUCCCUCCUUUGGAGUUUGCAACACAACCUUUUUGGGGCUGGGACACCUCUCCGCAACCUUAUUCGCUAAAGCUAGGAAAUAGGGAGGAAAAGUUCCCUCCUCGCCAACCCCCCCCCCAUCCUGAGAUCAUUUUGCAAAUUGAAGGGCAGCCAGCAGCAUAUGCUUUCUGUAAGAGUAAUUGAAAACAUCAACUAGAGUGCACAGAAUUCUUUUGAAAGUCUGCCAAUUAUUUGAAGUAAAUUCGGCAAAGGAACACACUAAAACAUUCAGUGUCUUAACCUUUACAGUUGCCUUCUUAGGAGUUGAUCUCUAAUUUGAUUUUUAGAUAUUUGGAUCCAACGUUUAUUUUUAUAAUUGGCUUUUUGUUUGGCUAGACCAGAUCGGAGUUAAGUGAAAAUCUACAUGCUGAUAACCAGACAUUUCACCAAAGCAACCUGCUAGCUCGUCAUAUUUAGCUUGCAUUCAUCUUUAAUCCUUUAAUAAUCGGAGGUAACGAACAUUGUCCUAAAGAGGGUACACUUGAUUUUAAUUUUCUUUCACUAUGACGCCUGUCAAUGUUGCCCUGAUUCGUGAUACCAAGUGGCUGACUUUAGAAGUCUGUAGAGAGUUUCAGAGAGGGACUUGCUCUCGAGCCGAUGCAGAUUGCAAGUUUGCCCAUCCGCCAAGAGUUUGCCACGUGGAAAAUGGUCGUGUGGUGGCCUGUUUUGAUUCUCUAAAGGGUCGGUGUACUCGAGACAACUGCAAGUACCUGCACCCACCUCCACACCUCAGGUCGCAGCUGGAGGUUAAUGGGCGCAACAAUCUGAUCCAUCAGAAGACUGCCGCAGCCAUGUUCGCCCAGCAGAUGCAGCUUAUGCUCCACAACGCCCAGAUGCCAUCACUUACUUCUUUUCCAAUGAAUCCGCCACUUGCACCUAAUCCUGCCAUGGCUUUCAACCCUUACAUACCUCAUCAUGGGAUGAGCCUGGUUCCUGCUGAACUUGUACCAAAUGCUCCUGUUUUGAUCUCUGGAAACCCACCUUACGCAUUGCCUGGAACUGUUGGUCCAAAACCGAUGCGGUCAGACAAACUGGAGGUUUGCCGAGAAUUUCAGCGUGGAAAUUGCACCCGUGGGGAGAAUGAUUGCCGCUACGCUCACCCUACGGAUGUUUCCAUGAUCGAAGUGGGAGAUAACACUGUGACGGUCUGCAUGGAUUAUAUCAAAGGUCGAUGCUCCCGGGAGAAAUGCAAGUAUUUUCAUCCUCCGGCACAUCUGCAGGCCAAGCUCAAGGCAGCUCAUCACCACAUGAACCACUCAACUGCAAGUGCCAUGGCCCUUCAGCCUGGUGCAGUUCAACUGAUACCAAAGAGAAUGGGAAUUGAGAAGACCAAUGGUGCCACUCCGAUGUUUAAUCCGAGUGUUUUCCACUGCCAGCAGGCUAUGGGGGGUAACCUGCAGCUCCCGCAGCCGGCAUUUAUCCCUGCAGGGCCAAUACUGUGCAUGGCACCCACUUCAAAUAUUGUGCCCAUGAUGCACAGUGCUACACCUACCACUGUGUCUGCAGCACCAGCACCUGCCACCACCGUUCCCUUCGCUGCAGCACCUACAGGCAAUCAGUUGAAAUUCUGAACAGCAGAGUUAUGGAGUAUCGGAAUCUCUCCCUGAGAACCUCCAUCUGGCCUGUCUAUAUCUAUUCUCAUAUGUCCUCUUCUACCAAUACAACUGUAAGCAUGGUGCAGUCCAUACAUUAAGCAAACAUCGCUGCCAACCAGUUCAAAUAAAAAGAAAGCGUUACAAAACCAAUUGGGGGUAUUAAAAACAAAACAUGAGUAGAAAACUAGUACUAUCAUUUGUCUCAUUUGAAUUGUGGGGUAAAACAUGAUCAUAGAAUUUUUGUAACUUGUUCUAUUAUUCUUAGUGAUUCGUUUCAGUAACUUUUAUGCUAAGUGAAUUUCCACAGUGAACUGUAUGCUAACUACACAUUCCUGGUGAAGAAAUGUUAUCUGUUUUGAAGUGUUACGUUAUGGUUUUGUUUACAUGGUCGUUUAUUGAGUUGAUUUAGGAUGUAACAAAUACAAACAGCACCAUUU